AUGUCGCUUGCCAAGAGGAAUAACGGCUGCUUCGAGUGUCGGACGCGCCGCGUCAUUUGCGACAAGGCCGAGCCCGAGUGCCUCAAGUGUCGGAAAAAGGGCAUCAAGUGCUCCGGCCAGGGCAUCGAGUGCCGCUUCAGCCCGUACAUGCGCAAGCGGUCCAGCGCCGCCCGCGUGAAAGCCAGCACGGCCGCCGCCGCCGCCGCGCCCGGUGGUGCUGGGCCCGGCGCCCGCGACACGCCCGCCCGCGCCACAUCCGAGAAGCAGUAUCUGUGGGUCGAUCCGGAGCCCAUACCGGGUGCCGCCGCGCUCGUCGUGCCCAAGAUGGGAGAGGACCCCGGUGCUGCGGACGCGCUCGCCGACGCGCCGGUAUAUCGGUCCUCGACGUCGCCCGCUUCGUCGACAAGCUCGCAGACAGAUGAGGCGCCGGAUCGGCACGACAAGGGCAAGCACACCGUGUCCUCGAUUCGCACUUCCAGGACCGAGAACAGGUUGGUGGUGCGCCGGCCGUCGUAUGUCAAGCGCGAGCCGUGGCCGUACGGGCCUGUUACCACCAUUCAGACCAUGUCGUCAGACUCGAGGUUCUUCUUUGACCAUUCAUGUGCAAUAGUCUCCAAUUUCAUCGCAUCGAAAAUGGUCGUGCUCGACUUCCACGGGAACGCAUAUCGGCAGAUGAUCCUGCCUCUGGCGACGCAGGACCCGAUGGUUUCGCAGGCCGUCAGUGUCGUUUCCGCGUUCCACCUUUCGCAAGCAGUGCCCUCGCUCCGGAUGCAGGCAGAGGUCAAUCAGCACCGGGUGCUAUCUAGGCUACGGCAGGCUGCGCUCAACCCGAACCCGGACCAGUUCUUCAAGCUGUCCAACUGGGUCACCAUCCUCGUGCUCCUGGUGGGCGAUACCAUCACCGGCUCGAGCAACUACGUAUAUCUCCUCGAUCUACUAUCACAGCUGUCCCGAGCAGCCUUGUCGGACAAGUCACUCCCGGACAAUGUCCGGGACUUUGUCCGACAACAAACACAAAUGUUUGAGUUAUUCGGCACACCGCUCUCCAGCCCGCAGAAGGGGGUGGAGAUGCUGCGCCGACGGUCUGUCGACUACCUCUCCUUCAUGUCGUACUGUCCGUCCACGCCAGAGCAGCAAGUCUUUAUCAACACAAUGACCAGGGUCAUAACAGAGGCGUGCCGCAUCUUUGAAAGGAGGGCGGCAAGGACGGCGACGCCAGAAUCCUCCACGGACUCGCUCGAGCGCAUGCGCGACUUGGUCGUCGACAUGGAUCUCGAGACCGAGGGCAGCCACGCGCUCGUGUGGGCGUUCUUCAUUGCCGCCGCCGAGAGCACGCGGCCGCAGCACCGCGAGUUCUUUGCGAGCCGGCUCAAGCAGCUCUUCUCCAACACGCGCUUCGGCAGCAUCCCCGUGGCGCUCGACACGCUGCAGUACAUCUGGAGCAAGAGCGACACCACCAGCUGGACCGAUGUCGUGACGCGGGAGCGGCAGGUUUUGAUUAUGUGA